CAGAGGCGCGGGGGGGUUGCUAAAUUGCUAUCAAAAAAGUCAAGUUUCUCAUGGUCAAGGAACUGCGAUGGUAUAUAUUGGACUUCAAAUGUCUCCAUUGAUAGCUCCCAUAGCGCUUCUUGUACGCACCUCAUCAUGAUUGUCCUUCUCUUCGCGGCGGUAUGCUCCAUCUUCGUCAGGCUAGUUCAGGCCGAUACAUGUAGCUCUGUCGAAGCGCUAGGCUACAUCAAUAUCACACGGUCUUUGGAUCUAGCCUACAUUGAAGAGCAGACGCAGUAUUGGUCCACUUCCUGCUCUGCUCUCAAGCCUGACUGCAUCAUUUUCCCCAAGUCUACUGAAGAAGUGUCUACUGUAGUCAAGAUUCUCGCCAACACGACUGAGAAUUUUGCGGUCAAGUCCGGUGGCCACAACCCCAACAACUACUUCGCGAGCGUAGAGGGCGGCCCUCUGAUCGUUACGGAGCAUCUCGAUCAAGCGAACAUAAACCAGGCGACAGGUGUCGUCGAUGUGGGCCCAGGAAACAGACUCGACGGAAUAGCUGCUAAGCUUCAAGGCAGUGGAUGGACAUUCGUCGGCGGGAGAAUCGGCAAUACCGGUGUUGGUGGGUUAGUCCUUGGCGGGGGGCUGAGCUACAUGAGUGCACAGUAUGGGUGGGCAGCGAGUCAAGUGAUUGAAUUCGAAAUUGUGUUCGCGAACGGAACCAUUGGUCAUAUCACCAAAGACUAUCCAGAUAUCUUCAAGGCUUUGAAGGGAGGAGGUAACAAUUUCGGUAUCAUAACAAACUACAAGCUGCAGGCGCACCCACAAGGGAAUGUGUGGGGAGGCAACUUAGUCUACCUCCGAACCCCCAGCCUGGACAAAAAACUCCUGAAGGCCGUCCGUGACUUCACUGAAUACAACACCGACCCCAAAGCUGCCGUCAUCGUCACCGCAGAAAGAGCCAACGUCGACGUCGUCGAUUCAUGGAUCAUUUUCCUCUUCUACGAUGGCCCCACACCCCCUCCCGGGAAAUUUGCAAACUUCACGGAAGCCAAUCCUAUCUUGGACACGACCCGCGAACGGACCUAUGCAGACCUGAUCGGCUUGUCAAAUUGGGUUGUUUUGAAAGGCGUGAAUGUGCAAAUUGCGACUGAGACUGUUCCGCUUCCGAGCGCGGAGAAUGAGGAGAAGGUUAUGGAAGGUUUACACAAGCAUUGGCGGGAUGUUAGCGAUACGACGUUGUUGGAGUUGGGCAUUGUUGCAAGCAUUGCCUGGCAGCCAUUCCCCAAGGCCAUUGCGCGGGAAGCGAGGAAACGAAGCCCCGAUCUCAUCGAUGCAGAAGAUGAUUACGACAAGAUCAUCAUCGAGAUGAACUAUGCAUUUGUGUCGCCGCUCAGUUAUAACAAGAUGGCAGAUACUAUGGAAACCACGUAUUCUGGAGUACGCGAUAGGGUAGUCGCCUGGCAGCAAGACAACACACUACCGGAAACGUAUCUACCGGUGUUCAUGAACUAUGGCUUUUUCAGGCAGGAUUACUUUGGGCGGUUGAAGCCCGAGAGUAGAGCACUGGCUAAGGCAGUAUCCCAGGAGGUAGAUCCGAAUGGCUUGUUCCAGAAGCAGACCGGAGGCUGGAAGCCAUAG